AUGAUAGUUAUUUCCGUUUUAAUUGCUCUAAUGAGCAUUCAAAAAUCAUUUUCAUACACAUUAUAUAGUGUACCAGAUGGACGGAUUGUUGGUGGAGCAUCUACAACGAUACAACAAUUUCCACAUCAAGUUUCAUUACGUUAUCAAAAUAGACAUAGAUGUGGUGGUUCUAUAAUAUCUGAGAAUGUUGUUUUAACAGCUGCACAUUGUGUUACCGGUAUUAAUCGUAAUCAAAUGAUUGUGAGAGCUGGAACAACAUAUAGAGAUAGUCCGGGAACUGAUGUAAAAAUUUCCAAAAUUAUAAUACAUACUGGUUAUCGUACCACCACUGAACACGAUAAUGAUAUAGCAAUUCUAAUUUUAAAUGAUAAACUUAAAUAUUCAACAAAAAUUCAAGCAAUCAAUUUAGAUAAUAAUUUAAAUAAUUUUAAUAGUACAAAAAUUGGAAAUGUUGCUUUUGUUAGUGGUUGGGGAGCAUUACGUGAAGGUGGAAGUUCAUCGGGUGCUUUAAAUUAUGUAUCAAUUUUAGUUGUUGAUCAAACAACAUGCAGAAACGCAUAUUAUCCAGAACCAAUUACUGAAGGAAUGUUAUGUGCUGGUGUUUCAGCUGGUGGACGUGAUUCUUGCCAAGGUGAUUCCGGUGGACCAUUAAUAGUUUUCAAUGGUGGUGAACCAAUAUUAAUCGGUGUUGUUUCAUGGGGAAAUGGUUGUGCUCGUCCUAGAUAUCCUGGUGUAUAUGCUAAAGUAGCAAAUUAUAGAAGUUGGAUAAGUAAAAAUGCAAACGUUUGA